GUGUGAUUUUUGUUCUUGUAUCACAUUUAAAAUGGUAUUUGUGCUUCGGCAUAACAAUCACUAAGGCAUAUGUUUAAAAAUGAGAACUCUUAUACAAGCGACUGCGAUAUAACACUCCUUAUCUUUAACAUAACCAAACCUGCCCUGUUCACAUGACUUUGACAUAAAAGGUUCAGAGACAAUUAGAACUGUAACGCACAAUAUCACUUUUUCCACACAUCAGCAUGGACUUGUUUCGGGGAUUUGUGUUGGUUUGUGGGUUGGUUGUAAGUGUUACUGCAGUAGAGAAGCGAUACACGGAUAGGAACUUGAUGCAAUGUAUGACAGAUAUGGGCCUCACCGAUCUCGUUCAGCUCCUUACAGAGACAAACAUGAAUUCUGCUUUGUCAAACACAGGAUCGUCAUAUACCGUCAUGGCUCCCACGAACGCCGCUUUCAGUAAGGUUGACGUGAACCUGAUGGGAACGCUAGCUCACGAGCCAAUCUUGAAGAAGCAGAUUCUCCAGUACCACGUGAUUCCUGGGUUUAACGUGCUACCACAACUUCUACAACAGCACAAGGCUGAUACACUAGAAGGACAGCCGAUGAGAUUUACUGGUUUUGGAGGGAACGUUCUGAUCAACAACUCGACUCGUCCUGUACCUGGUAACAGCUCCGACGUCAUAUGCAGAAAUGGUGUGGUUCACGUGAUCGAUUCCGUGCUCACGCCACCCGUGUUCGGCACUCACAACAUCGCCGCAAACCUCGUUCUCAGGGACGAUUUAUUUCAGGACAUGUUCUUGGCUCUGCUGCUUAACAAUCUAACACACAUUUUAGAAGAUACGGAGUUCACUCUUUUUGCCCCUACAAACCUAGCCUUUGGUCGUUAUUCUGCACUGAAUGGCAUCCGCCCGAAUAUGCCAAAUGCGCAAAUGAUUUAUCACGAAGUGUUCAAGUAUCACAUGGUUCCCGGUCGGAGGACAAGCUACAACCUUCAUGACGGAGACAAGUUGUUCACCCUUCAUAACUCCCAAAUAAACAUUACAGUUGACGCGACAGGCAUGAUGGUGGACCACGCUAAGGUUGUUGAGAAGGACAUAGCGGCAAGUAACGGUGUGAUCCAUGCCAUCGACCACAUCAUCUUCCCAACCGAUCUUCUCCAGAAUCUAAUCAACGGCUAAUCUGACGUUAUCAAAGACUGCUGUAUCAUUAAAACAUGGAUGACAUUUGCACUGAACCUUGAAAAAAUAUAGACCAAAGAAUCUAAAAAAGCCUUU